CCCGGUUACUGUGCCGGGCCCGCGGACGCGUCUUUGGCCGGAGCGUGAGUUUUUUUUUCCGCGGAAGUGACGCGCUGGAGACGAUGGCGGCUGUCAGUGCGGUUCCGGAUUCGCUGUGAGUGAAGCGGGUUGGAGGAAGGAGGCGGACUCGCUGGUUUUGGGGGAAAAGAAAGAAAAAAAGUCUCAAGAAACUUUGGGUGGAAUAUUUUUAAAUGUUGUAUUUUUUUUUAAAAAAACUGCAAGCAGUUCGAGGAAACCGCUAGACUCGAUACCUGGAAGUGGGCUCGGUUCGGCUCGGCUCGGCUCGGCACGGCACGGCACGGCACGGUACCGACGGCGUGCCUGGUUAGUUACGGGUCGCAGGUGGUCCGUCUCGAUCUCAGUAUUGUGCCCCCGGUGUGUGCAGUUGCUCCCCCGGCUCUCGCCAUGCUGAAGACCCGGCAGUGCCUCCUCGGGAUCCGCACUUUUCUCGGGGUCACGUCACGGAUUUGGGGUUUCUUUCUCUAUAUACUCAGGAAGCACCUCCGCACGAUAAUCCAGUACCAGACGGUGCGUUACGACAUCUUACCGCUGUCACCCAUCUCCAGAAACAGACUCUGCAGUGUAAAGAGGAAGAUUUUGGUGCUGGAUUUAGAUGAAACGUUAAUCCACUCGCAUCACGACGGGGUCUUAAGACCGACAGUGCGGCCCGGCACGCCGCCUGAUUUUAUAUUAAAGGUUGUAAUAGACAAACACCCAGUGAGGUUUUUUGUACAUAAAAGGCCGCAUGUGGAUUUCUUUCUGGAAGUGGUGAGCCAGUGGUACGAGCUGGUCGUAUUCACAGCCAGCAUGGAGAUCUACGGCUCUGCAGUGGCCGACAAACUUGACAAUAACCGAGAGAUCCUGAAACGAAGAUAUUAUAGACAGCACUGUACACUGGAGCUGGGCAGCUAUAUUAAAGACCUGUCCGUCGUGCACAGUGACCUGUCCAGCAUCGUCAUUUUAGACAACUCUCCGGGGGCCUAUCGAAAUCAUCCAGAUAACGCAAUUCCUAUAAAGUCGUGGUUCAGCGAUCCCAGCGACACAGCCCUUCUCAACCUGAUCCCCAUGCUGGAUGCACUGAGGUUUACAGCAGACGUCCGAUCAGUCCUGAGUCGGAAUUUACAUCAACACCGGCUCUAGUGAUGAGGCUGAAAGAGCGAGCGACACCCCCCGCCCCCCCCCACACCCUCCCCCCUGCAUCCCCCGCUGAGCCUGACCCAGAAGAGGGGUGGGGGAGACUGCCUUACUACAUCAACCCUCUCCGCUGAUCGCCAGUGCUGUCUGGCUCUCUGCUCUGGAGUUUCAUUUAGCCUGGACUGCACUGGGAAUAGCAACACAUCUUUUUGGUCUCUUCUCCUCCUCCCUCUCCCCCACCUUACUUUUCCCAGUGUUUUUUUUAUUAUUAUUAUUAAGAAUCGACUUUCAGGAUCUACAAAAAUCCACAUGGAAGUUUUCCAAUGGUACUUUUACACAGACAGUGGCCAGCGAUUUAUUUCCCCUGAUUUUUAUUAAAAGAAUGGAAUCAACCAAUA